AUGAGUGUUGAGGCCGAUGUGUGGUUGUACAGUGGCAAUCUGCGCGUUGCGCAUACCGACCCAGGGAACAGCGGACCGACAAUCCAAGACUUGUACAUUAAUCCGCUGAUUGCACUGCUAGAUGCGCAUAACCCCAAGGGUGGCAGCUCAAACGGUGUUUAUCCUCAAAACAGCAGUCAGUCGUUUGUUCUUCUCAUCGACUUUAAGAGUGACGGCACAACUACCUGGAAUGCAGUCUACUCUGCGUUGCAGCCCCUUAGGGAUGCUGGUUAUCUGAGUUACUGGGAUGCGUCUGGAUUCAUGUCACGCCCCAUCACCUUUGUUGCCAGUGGAAAUGCACCCUUGGCCCAGGCAAAAAGUUCCACAGCCAAUCCUAACCAUGACAUGUUUAUGGAUAGUCGCGUUAAUGAAUCACUGGAUGGAUAUGAUACCUCCAAUACAUACUACUCAAGUGCUGACUUCGAGAGUGCCAUCACUAGCUCCGGAUCAGCCCCUUUGUCGUCUUCCAACCAGAAAACCCUGACUGAUCAACUGGAUGCAGGUCAUGCGAAAGGAUUCCUUGUCCGAUACUGGGAUCUCCCCAGCACUAGCUUGUGGCAGGAGCUGGUAGAUGCAGGAGUGGAUAGGCUUAAUGUUGAUGACCUCGAGGCUGUCGCAGGGGUCGAUUUCCACCUAUCGUGA